GAUGGCGCUACUUGAAAAAUAAGCCUUACCUCUUUCUGUCACUGUCAAAGAUUAUUCUCUUUCUAUGACGUGAAAGUCGACAGGCUGUUCUCCGGUUCAGCGCUGAGCAAUUUUUGAUCUAAAAGUUGUUUAUCUCGACCGAGAAAUCGCAGAAAAAUGGCGGCCGCUGUAGUGUCAGGCAAGGAUAUCGAGAAGCCCCAGGCGGAGAUCUCGCCCGUCCAUCGCAUCCGCAUCACGCUGACGUCACGCAACGUCCGCUCCCUCGAAAAGGUGUGCGCUGACCUCAUCAAUGGCGCCAAGAAACAGAAGUUGAGGGUUAAGGGCCCCGUGCGCAUGCCAACCAAGAUCCUCCGCAUCACAACCAGGAAGACCCCAUGCGGUGAAGGCUCCAAGACCUGGGACCGCUUCCAGAUGAGGAUCCACAAGCGAGUUAUUGAUCUCCACUCGCCGUCAGAGAUCGUGAAGCAGAUCACAUCAAUCAAUAUCGAGCCCGGUGUGGAGGUGGAAGUCACCAUCGCCGACGCGUAGGCACAACUGCCAAUAAACUAUUUUGAGUAA